CAUGCACGUCCGCGGCCAUUUAAGGACCUGGCGCGGCUCACAUGCAGAGUGCUGGACCGCGAACGUUCACAGGAAGCUCCAUAGGGUCCGUCCAAUCGACACAUGCCUUUAGAUUCCAUGUCCUAGCACCCUCAAAUUUUGCUGAGCACCAAAACCUGCGGAAAUCGCCUCCCAAUCCCAAAAGUACGACCCAUGCACAUCUGGUUCGCCCGGGCUCAAAUUCUCCGCGCGCUCCCAAACAAACCAUACCUGGAAACACCUCGUAUCACUUUAAAAAUGAAGGCUACUCUGCGUGCCCCCGCUUCCCGCGCCAGCGCUGUGCGCCCCGUCGCCAGCCUGAAGGCCGCUGCUCAGCGCGUGGCCUCGGUCGCCGGUGUGUCGGUUGCCUCUCUGGCCCUGACCCUGGCUGCCCACGCCGACGCCACCGUCAAGCUGGGCGCUGACUCUGGUGCUCUGGAGUUCGUCCCCAAGACCCUGACCAUCAAGUCCGGCGAGACCGUGAACUUCGUGAACAACGCUGGCUUCCCCCACAACAUCGUCUUCGACGAGGAUGCCAUCCCCUCCGGCGUGAACGCUGAUGCCAUCUCCCGCGAUGACUACCUGAACGCCCCCGGCGAGACCUACUCGGUGAAGCUGACCGCUGCCGGCGAGUACGGCUACUACUGCGAGCCCCACCAGGGCGCUGGCAUGGUCGGCAAGAUCAUUGUCCAGUAAAUUGCUGGCGGCUGCCUUCAUUUUGUGACCGUGUGUGUUUCGGGGUGUGGGGUCGGGGGUUUUUGCGGCGUCCGGAUGGACGCAGAGAGCGUGUAGCUCUGUAACUUUUUCCUCGG